GUGCUGACCUGCAUGCUGGUGGCGGCACGCGCGUUCCUCGCGCGCAUCGAACAGUGCGAGCCCAUAGAGAUACCCCGCUGCCGGGCCAUGCCGUACAACAUGACCCAGAUGCCGAACCUCCUGCACCACGGCACCCAGGAGAACGCCAGGCUCGUGUUCGAGAAGUUCGAGGUCCUCCUGGACCAGAGGUGCAGCGACGUCCUCCUGUUCCUGCUCUGCUCGCUCCACGUGCCCAUCUGCGCCGUCGCGCUCCAGCCCGAGGCCAUACCCCCGUGCAGGAGCGUGUGCGAGAAGGCGCGAGCGGGGUGCGAGCCCCUGAUGAACUCGUACAACGUGUCGUGGCCCGACACGCUGGAGUGCUCACGCCUGCCGAGAUACGAGCGUGGGGUGUGCGUGAGCCCCGAGGCCUUUGUCAAGCCCACCCAGAAGAAGAAAGGUAAGUAA